GCAAGAUCGAAUUUCUGAACUGAAAGGGGACCUGAAGGGUUUGUUUACCACGUAAUCCAGCUACUUAUAAAAUGAUAAGUCGGUUCUUAUCUCUGUUUAAUGGAGGUAUGCGGGCUUAUAAAGUUCAGGAUGCAAGGCGUGAAGUUCGAAUCGGGAUAGUGGCAAAGAAUUUCAGGGAUCUAGUCCAGAAAGGAUGUGAGAAGCUGAAGAUCUCAGAGGAAGAAGUGACGGUUGUUGUGGAGGAUGAUGGAACAGUUGUGGAUGAUGACGCCUUCUUUAAAAAACUGCCUGCCCAAACUGUCUUUGUCUUCAUCCGAGAUGGUGAACAGUGGCAUGGAUCUGGAACUUUGAUUCAUGAUGCUCUGAGUAAACUAUACGAUGUCAGUCGUAAGGAGGAGAUUGCAAAUGAGAUCCGGCAAAUGCUGACUGACGAUGAUGCUCCAGAGAAGGUGCACAUCAUGUCACAGUACCUGGACAUGUUAGAGACAGACAUAGAGGCCGAACACAGAUACGAGAAUGAGGACUGGUUUGAUGGGCUGGGUAAGAAAUACAAAUCUAAGAGUGAAGUGUUGAAGCAACUGGCACAGACUCGCAUCAGAAGCUACUACAAUACAGCUAAAGAUCAGAUUGACAAAGAUUGUAGUGGUGAACAGAAGGAGGAUUUGAUUGACCUUUUGGAUGAACUAUCAGAGAGAUUACGGCAGCAUGAUUACCAUGGAGGGUAUUUCAUGAGGACUGCUCCCUCCAAAGACAGAUUCUGUGAUAAGCAAGGCUGGUUCAAAUGUGAGGGGCCAUUUGACGAGAAAUCCUGUGAUAAAUUCCACCGCAUCAACCCAUACGCGUCCAAGGGAUACAGGCAACUAUUUGGGCUGUGGAAUCUCGACCAUGUAAUUGAGAAGUCUCGAGAAAUCAUACCCGCUCUGAUAGAGGCAGCAGAACACAAACCUAAACACAAAGAUCUGGAUUGGAAUUAUGUGUACAGGUUAUUAUUUACCCGUGAAAAUCUCAAACUUGUUCAGGUCGGUUGUCAUAAAAAGGCAGCCAGGGCAGAAAACAAAUGUAAGCGGGAAGAUUUUUAUACAUAGAAAACCGCUUUCCUGUCACACCAAAUUGUCAACUAUGCAAUAUAUUUUAUAUUUUUACAGGAUAAAUUUUGUAAUGUUUUAUUUGAACUAAGAUACACAUUGAAUGAAUGUAUGUUUUUGCCGGUUUUAAAAAAUUUUGUAAUCAGCGAUUAUGAGAUAUUAUAUUUGCAACACCAUUACAAGUCAAGUUAAUGCUGAAUAUAUUUACCUGCUGUUAAAAAAACAUAAAAUUCUGUAUUUUUAUUAAAGAUAAGGGGCCAGUUGUUCAAAACUGUAUUAAAGUUAAGCCAGGAUUAAAUCCCAUUACAACUACCAGUCUCAUCCAUCCUAAUAUAAAGUAAAUGACACUUUAGUCUGAACUUACAAGGAUUAAACUUGUUAAUACAAGGCUUAAACCAAAAUACACUUCUGAAUAACUGGGCCCUGGUUAUGAAAUAUAUAUAUUUCAACAGUUCUAAAUUCAGUCUGCAAAGUUGUAGUGUUCUGUUUUUGUAUGCAUUUUUAAUUGUACCUGUAUAUUAAUUUGAUGUCCAUGUCCUGCAACAGUCUGUUAUAAGGGUUUUAUCAAAGUUGCUUGAACUUACACCUGCACCAGUGCAUUGAAUCCAAGAGGAGCAUAUGUAUUUUAGACAUUACAUAUAUCUAUUAAAUAUGGAAUUUUUGUUAGGUGAUUAUCAUGGUGGUGCAGGUUUUUGUUUCCUGUCAGUUCAUAGGAGUUUCUGUAGACGUUUGGAGCAGGUGCCCUUUAAACCACUUGCUAAUGAUGGAUGAGGUUACCAUUGCACAUCCAGUUCUCCCUGGAUCAGUUAUGGUUUAGGCCAGGUAAUUUUUAAGCUUCAGAGCCAAGUAUUGGCUUUUACCUCAUUUGGCAUUCCGCUUUUCAUGACCCACAUCACUAUGAAAAUGAGAUACAUUAAAGUACAGCUAUUACAUCUAAAAUAUGACCUGUAGAUCUAAAACUUACUUUUGGAUUGCCAAUAUCAUCACCAGGUCAACCUGCCUUUAACAUGUUUCGUAUUGAUUUUUUAACACUUAAAUGUUGAUAUAUAUAUGUUGAAUAUUUAUAUUUGAAUUUUUAAGAGACAUAUUUACAGGCCUCUAUUUUGGGUCACUUGGUGUUAAAUUGCAGUGAAAGUUUUUCAGGUGCUUUUUGUGUCCAGAAAUUUCAGAUGUUUUUUCUGGAUAAUUCAUUGAAACUCUUAUUGUCUUAAUAUUGAUGGCCCUGUUUAACCUUUUCCGUUUUUUUCUCAAAAUGUUUUUCUUGUUGAGAAUAUGUGAGUACUGUACAUGGUGUUCGAUAUAUCUGAGUAGAGUCAGUCAAAAGAAUGAAAGAUAUUAAACGAAGUAAACAGCUUGUUAACGUUAAACUUGGAUCCUCAUUGAGCUGGGCAGCAGUUUUCUAUUUCAUACCUGAUACUAACUACAGCAAGAUUUACCAUAUUUUUGUUUCAUUUCCACAAAAGCCAAAUAUACUUUCAU